GCGCGCGCCCGGCGGCCAGCGCGACUCAAUUUAAAAAUAAAACAUUUUUUUUAAUCCAGCCAGUACCAUUCCGUCGCCGUCAGCGUUAGCCACCAUAGAUAGAGUAAUAAUAAGUAAUAUUUAAUUAGUUGCUUAUAUAGUGAUGUGAUUUUCGAUAAAUAAUGUUUAAAAAUAGUGUAUACGCGUUAGUUGCAAGUGGUUGUGCAGAAAAGCUCGUGUUUCGGUGACAAAUAGUUCAACCUCGGAGUCAUUUUCGGACUAAAUGGUCGAAUUGUUCCAAUUAGUGCUUUAGUAUUGAGUGAUGAAACGUAGAAAGUGGCUGCCUUUGGAUUUAGUAUUAUAGAACACUAAUAGAGAUUAAAAUGGCGACCGAGCAAGCUCAACUGGCGGGGGCUACGACCCCCGGGGCGGACAGUACUGCGGACCCAGCACAAGCGGCCGCAGCCCCACGCAAGCAGGCGCGGCCGAGGGGCAAGCCGCAGCCUGAACGCCCCAAGAGGAGUUUGAUGUGUUUAACACUCACAAAUCCGUUUAGAAAAUUGUGUUAUGAUAUUGUUGAAUGGAAACCUUUUGAAUAUAUGAUAUUGACAACUAUAUUCGCAAAUUGUAUAGCUUUAGCAGUAUUCACGCCAUAUCCAUUUGGGGAUACGAAUAAUACUAAUCAAAUUCUGGAAAAAGUGGAAUGGAUAUUUAUGGUAAUUUUCACUGGGGAAUGUUUCAUGAAGAUCAUAGCUUAUGGUUUUCUCUUCCACCCGGGAGCGUACCUGAGGAAUACGUGGAACAGUUUGGAUUUUACAAUUGUUACUAUUGGUAUAGCGAGUCAGGCGCUGCAGUAUAUUUCCAAGGAUGCGUUUGAUGUGAAGGCAUUGAGAGCAUUUAGAGUGCUACGACCACUUAGACUGGUCUCCGGUGUGCCAAGUUUACAAAUCGUAUUGAAUUCAAUUCUGAAGGCGAUGGUGCCGCUGUUCCAUAUUGCUUUCUUAGUGCUGUUCGUGAUCAUCAUUUAUGCGAUCAUCGGCCUGGAGUUGUUCUCUGGCGCUCUUCACGAGACCUGCUUCAGAAAUGAUACAGAUGAAAUGAUAGACCCCCAAAUACCUUGCAACAGUGAUGGGGAAACCGGCUACAAGUGUGAUGACGGGUACAUCUGUAGAGGUCACUGGGAGGGUCCCAAUGAUGGUAUCACGAACUUCGACAACAUCGGCUACUCUAUGCUCACUGUCUUCCAGUGUAUUACCCUCGAGGGGUGGACUGAUAUUAUGUAUGCUAUAGCGGAUGUGAAAGGCAACACCUGGCCGUGGAUUUAUUUUGUAUCGAUGGUGAUCUUCGGUAAUUUUUUCGUCAUGAACUUAAUUCUCGGUGUUUUAUCAGGUGAAUUCUCGAAAGAAAGAGAAAAGGCAAAGAAUCGCGGUGACUUCCAGAAGUCUCGAGAAAGACAGCAAUUUGAAGAAGAUCUUAAAGGUUACUUGAACUGGAUUACAGUCGCAGAAGAAUUAGAUUUAGAGAAUGACCAGGCGCAGAAAGAAGAAAAUCAGGAUUCACAGGGUAAAACAGAUUUAAAAAGCAAUGAUGGAUCUCAAACUAACGUUAACAUGAACGGCGAUCAAGCUCAUACCACUACUUGUAAAGUAUACUGCAAGAGGUUCGACAAGGUGAACAGACGUAUGCGUAGAGCUUGCAGGAAAGCAGUGAAAUCUCAAUCGUUUUAUUGGGCAAUCAUUGUAUUAGUUUUUUUAAACACACUAGUACUGGCCACUGAACAUUUUAAACAACCAGACUGGCUAGACGAUUUCCAAAGCUAUGCAAAUUAUUUAUUCGUCGUACUUUUUACUAUGGAGAUGUUAGUGAAGAUGUAUGCUUUAGGAUUUCAGGGUUAUUUUGUCUCUCUGUUCAAUCGCUUCGACUGCUUCGUCAUGGUGUGUUCCAUAGUGGAAUUGGCUCUCACUCUAACGGACACCAUCCCUCAGUUGGGUAUCUCCGUGCUUAGAUGUGUCCGGUUGUUAAGAGUCUUCAAAGUUACUAAAUACUGGCGAUCUUUAUCCAACCUUGUUGCAUCUCUCCUCAACUCUAUCCAGUCCAUCUUCUCUCUUCUCCUACUUCUCUUCCUUUUCAUCAUGAUUUUUGCUCUACUCGGAAUGCAAGUUUUUGGCGGCAGAUUUGACUAUAAGCCAGAAGAAGUGAAGGAGAGGCAUAACUUCGAUACAUUUUGGCAGGCCGUGCUUACCAUGUUUCAGAUUCUAACAGGCGAAGAUUGGAACGUGGUAAUGUACGAAGGUAUCAAUGCAUACGGCGGCGCCGGAAGUCCAGGCAUGUUGGCCUCUAUAUACUUCAUUGUUAUCUUCGUCUGUGGUAAUUAUAUUCUAUUGAACGUGUUCUUGGCUAUCGCUGUUGAUAAUCUCGGUGACGCUGAGGAUAUGGAUGCUGAAGAAAUUGAAAAAGAUAAAACGGAUGCUGAUAACCCUGAAGCAGGUAACCCUCAAUUGGACGAAGACAGAGGAGAGACUGAUGAUGAAUACGUUAAUGAUGAAGAAGGAUAUUCUAGUGAAGGAUCAGAACAUGAAUACGAAGAAACGGGUUCUGAAGAAGAAGUUGAAGAGCAAGAACAAGAAGAAAGAGAAAACGCUGACGAGGCACUGGUCAGCAACGAUAAAAUACAAAACGGAGACAUUAAGAAAGAUGACCCUGAGUCGUUAAAACGACAAGCAACUGUGUCGGCCCGGCCGAGGCGUUUGUCUGAAGUGGAAAUCAAAAGUCAGGAGAAACCAAUUCCAGACGGCAGCAGUUUCUUUAUAUUCUCGAAAACAAAUUGGGUUCGUGUAUCGUGUUAUAAACUACAGAAUAAUUCUUGGUUUAAAAAUUUAAUAUUGGUUUGUAUUUUGGCGUCAUCUCUAAUGUUGGCUAUGGAGGACCCAGUUGGAGGGAAAGGGUCAGAAUUAAAGACUGAGAUUCUACGUAAAAUAGAUUACUUUUUCACUUCAGUGUUCACGAUAGAAUUGGUCCUGAAACUGAUCACCUAUGGUUUCAUAUUACACAAGGACGCCUUCUGCCGUUCGGCUUUCAAUUUGCUGGACAUGUUGGUUGUCAUCGUUUCGCUUAUUUCGAUGAGUGGAUCCAGUAAUGUAUCGUUCAUAAAAAUCUUGAGAGUAUUCCGAGUGUUGAGACCUUUGAGAGCCAUCAACAGAGCUAAAGGACUUAAGCACGUAGUACAGUGCGUGAUCGUUGCUAUUAAAACUAUUGGCAACAUUCUGUUGGUGACAAAUCUACUGCAAUUCAUGUUUGCUGUCAUGGGGGUCCAAAUGUUCAAGGGAAAAUUCUUUAGAUGUACUGACGUAACAAAAUUGACUGACGAAGACUGUCGUGGAACGUAUCUAGUAUAUAAUGGUGGUAAAGCAUCGAUUGAAGACAGGGUUUGGAAGAAGAACAAAUUCAAUUUUGAUGAUGUCCUGAGUGGGAUGCUGACUCUAUUCACAGUGUCAACUUUCGAGGGAUGGCCAAAUUUACUAUCAACGUCAAUGGACUCCAACGAGGAGAAUUAUGGACCCAUAGAGAAUUCGAGACCUCUGGUUGCCUUUUUCUAUAUUAGCUACAUUAUUGUCAUUGCAUUCUUCAUGGUGAACAUCUUCGUGGGUUUCGUCAUAGUGACAUUCCAAAAAGAGGGUGAGCAGGAGUUCAAAGAUUGCGAGUUGGACAAGAACCAGAGGAACUGCAUAGAAUUCGCUCUCAAAGCUAAACCUAUUAGGAGAUAUAUUCCCAAGCAUAGGAUUCAGUACAAAACAUGGUGGUUUGUGACGUCACAGAGGUUUGAGUACUUCAUAUUCUUCUUCAUUGUUCUCAACACGGUGGCGCUAAUGAUGAAGUUCGACGGAGCCUCGCCGGAGUACAAGAAGGUCCUGGACUAUUUGAACAUGAUUCUGACUACUGUGUUUAUGUUGGAAUUUGUUUUUAAAUUGGCAGCGUUUAGGUUCAAGAACUACUUUGGCGACGCGUGGAACACGACUGAUUUCAUUUUAGUCAUCGGCAGUAUCAUUGACAUAGUUGUCACCCAGGUCAACGAGAACAAGCCAGUUACGAUGGUAAGUAUGCUUAUUUUCAAAGCAAGCAAAGAGGGCAGUCUAUUAAAAUACAUCACGUUCUUCCGUCUGUUUCGUGCGAUGCGUCUCAUAAAGUUGCUGUCCCGUGGUGAGAGGAUUCGAACCCUGCUGUGGACAUUCAUCAAGUCGUUCCAAGCUCUUCCAUAUGUUGCUUUGCUGAUUGUGCUGCUGUUCUUUAUAUACGCUGUUGUUGGUAUGCAGCUGUUCGGUAAAAUAAGUUUUGACGACGAUCAGAUCACGAGGCACAACAAUUUCCAAACGUUUGGCAGCGCACUUAUGGUCCUGUUUAGAUCAGCCACCGGCGAGGCUUGGCAAGAGAUCAUGAUGGCGUUGUCUCCCAACAUCGACGAGCGGCCCGGCGAGCCGCCCAAGUGCAUAAAAUCAGAGCCCAUCGAUGGUGCCCCGAGCAGCGACAACGGAGACGAAUUCUGUGGCAACUGGAUGGCUUUCCCCUACUUCAUAUCAUUUUCUCUGCUUUGUACUUUCCUGAUCAUCAACCUGUUCGUGGCUGUUAUCAUGGACAACUUCGAUUAUCUCACCAGAGAUUGGUCCAUAUUGGGCCCUCAUCAUCUUGAUGAGUUUGUAAGAUUAUGGAGUGAAUAUGACCCAGAUGCAAAAGGAAGAAUCAAACACUUAGAUGUUGUUACUUUAUUAAGAAAAAUUAGUCCACCAUUAGGUUUUGGUAAACUAUGUCCACAUAGAACAGCAUGCAAACGGCUCGUGUCAAUGAACAUGCCUUUAAAUUCUGAUGGUACCGUCAAUUUUAAUGCAACGCUGUUUGCUGUUGUUAGAACGCAGCUGCAAAUUAAGACUUCAGGUGUAAUAGACCAAUGUAAUACCGAGCUACGAGCAAUCAUCAAAAAAGUAUGGAAACGAACGUCCCCUAAACUUCUAGAUCAGGUUGUGCCGCCACCUGGUGACCCCAACGAGAUAACAGUUGGCAAAUUCUAUGCUACGUUCCUAAUCCAAGAUUACUUUAGAAGGAACCAUGCGUUCAGGAAACGGAAAGAACAAGCGGCAGCCGCGUCACUGCAGAACAAUCAGAUGACGUUGCAAGCCGGUCUGAGGACUCUUCAUGAAGCUGGACCGGAGCUGAAGAGAGCGAUAUCUGGGAACUUGGACGAAGUUGUUGCAGAAACUGUUGAGCCUAUGCAUAGGCGUAAUCAUACAUUAUUCGGCUCUGUAUGGACGACAAUCAAGCGACAUGGCCGCGAGAGUUUCUACGGACGAGAAAGGAAAAAUCCGCCGCCCUCAAUCAAAUUGAAAAUGCCUAGUAAGGAAGAUAAUCAGAAUUUGAGUGCAAUGAUGAGGAGGGAACUCGGCAUGGACGGACAAAUACCCGAAGAAGAAAUGAGGUACGAAGAAGUGAACCAGAGUGAUGGAGAUGAAGAAAUUGCGAUGCAGCCUCUCUUACACGGCAAGGACUCCGAGAGGAUAUUUAAAGCUAUCGAAAAAACGUCCAACGAAUUAAUCCAGAGUAUGAGAAAGAACAAUCGUGACAAAUCGCCGAGACAGAACAACAACGUGGCUUAUUGUGUCGAGAAUCCAGCGGAGAAUCUUAUUACACGAGUACUGACGGAGCAGGGCCUCGGCAAGUAUUGUGACAAAGAUUUCAUCCAGAGUACCUCGCGUGAGAUGCAAGAGGCGCUCGAUCUCACUCAGGAGGAGAUGGAUACUGCUGCUAAUCAAAUAAUUUUGCAAGAGAGAAAAAUAAGCACAGCUCAGAACAUGACCAAUAAUGUGGAAAGCUUAUAUUCAAGGCAGUAUCAUCCCUUCCAUCAACCCCCGUUGCAGGCUCCCCCUCGUGGCAAAUAAAGAAACCCACAAUGUGCUUCUCGUUUUGGAUUCCUCGUUUUCAUAUCUACAUCGGUUGGUACCGAUUAGAUUUUGUAUUUAAUACCCUGCCCGGGUACCGAACGCGGGCCCGGAGGCUUCGAAGAUUUACCUUCAAUGAAUUGAAGUGGUUAGGAUUUUUUGAUGAAUAUUUUGUAAAUAAAAUUAUGAUACUUCGCUUGUGUUAGCUUCGAUUUCUGAUAUUGGUAAAGAUUUUUUCGUAUAUUUAAGAGAGUCGUUAAGUUUUCUUUCAUUGAUUUAUGUAAUGAGAGAUUGGAUUGUUUGACUUUUUAUCCCCCAUUCCUAUAGUAUUAAUUCCCAUUUAGAUAUAACUAUCAGCCGACUUCAAAUAAGGAGAUUCUCAAUUCGACUGUAUUUUUUAUUAUGUGUGAUACCUAAUAACUUCACCUUUUUCCUGCACAUCCUUAAAUGAUUUCACAAAACAACAAUUUCUCCGUGCCAUGACGAAAAAUGAAUCAAAAUUUAAUUACAACAAUUCACAAAGAUUUCUACGUGAACCGAUUAUGAUAUUCUUUUUAUUUAAUAGCUGGUGCUUCUUAUAGUUACAUAUAAAUUUGAUCCAGAUCUGACCAGCAAUUUAUAAGUUAUUCUUAUCUAACUACUCGCCCCGGCUUCGACUGGGUGUACAUGUAUUAUACAUAUAAACCUUCCUCUUGAAUCACUCUAUCUAUUAAAAAAAUCACUACAAAAUCC